AUGAAGCUACCAGUUUUCUUGAAUGGAUCACUAUCCUCAAUUUUCAUAUUCAACUAUAUCUUUACUGGUGUACUUGCACCAAAUCUGGAUCCAUUCACACCUCAUGACACAAGAAGCUACAAUUUAUGGAAUAGCCCUGGAAUCUUAGACGGGGUUUUCUUUAAUUUACCGGAAUCUGGUGCAACUCUUGGCCUCAAUGGAAGACCGUGGCCGACAGAUCAACACUUUUCUUUAUUUCAACAUCAGUUAGACUUAUCUAAGAAUGAAAUCACUAUUCAGGAUACUGAGAAUAAACUUAUAGGGAAGGAUGUACGGUCACAACUUCAAGGGAAUGAAAGAUCCAUAUCUGAUUUAUCUGAAUUACCUUCUUCGCAUACUUCGCCUGGAUCUAGAAUCAAGAAUGUGAAAACGCCAAGUGAAGACGCUAAAAGAAGAAAGUAUUCAACAGUCGUGCAAAGUGGAAUUGAACAUCCAGAUGUAAAAGUGUCAAACAUGUAUCAAAAGAAUAAUCUGCUCCCUAAUUCAGCUAUCUCAUCAGGAGUCGAUACCUCGAGCAAUGGCAAAGACAAGUCAAAUAUGAAUGAUGAUAUGGUUCACGUCGAUGAUACAAUCAAAUCGGCUGGAUUGAAGAAUCCACAGAUUUCGCAUCUUCAGGGUAAACCUCACGAUUCUCGGGAAAAAAGCAAUAGUGAGCAAUCUCGAAAUUCGCAAAAAGCUACCAAAACACUAUCCGAGGCAAUGGAGAUGACUAAGGCAGUGGAAGACUGGAAGAAAAGUACGGAAAUUAAAGAAGAACCUAACCUCGAGAGUAAGAUAGAAACGCUUGGAAAAGGUGAAGAAGUCAUUACAGAGAAAGAUCAGCACGUGAAUUCAAUUGGGAAUUUGAAUCCAGGUCUUUCAAGCCAGAUGAUAUCACCUGUUAUACAAAAACAUACACGUCUAGAUAGCCAGCUAGCAGCGAAAACAAGCACCCAGCUCAGGCUCAAUUCUGGAUCAAAGAAAUUAGUGAAAGAUCCUACAACAGAAGACAAACAACUGAAACCAAAAGACUCAGAACAGAAUGUGAUUCUUUCCAAGGGAUCAAACCGGGAUAAUGACGAUUCAACUGACCUCGUCAAAUCGAGUGAAUUUGAGAACGAAAAUCCAUAUAAAUUACUCGAUAAGCCUUUCAAAUCUGUUCAAGAACCUUUGAGGAUUCUCAAAAAUGAAGCAAAAACGAAAGGGAUUGCAACUGAUGAAGGCAAAAACGUAUUGAAUUUGAACUCAUAUAAUGAUAUGGACGCUACAAUUUGGUCACGUACUAAAAGUAAAUUGAAUGAAGCAGAGAUCGGAAAGCUGCAAUCAGAAAAUCAGUUAGCUAAGAAGGUUUCUAAAAAAGGAAAGAAGAAGAAGAAGAAUAAAAAUAAAAAUACAAAUACAAACUCAGCUACAAAUCCAAAUCCAAAUAAACUCGAUAUGUUAGAAGAAGUAGACGCAGAGAAAGAGAUAUCCGUAUCUUCCUUCUUGAAAGAAACAGCCAAGUCUCCCGAUAGGUGUGAUCCAUUACUUCAAGGACCAGUAGGCUGUGACACAGAGGAAACAUUUUUCAAUCUCCCCAAGUUGGAGUUUCUGAGCCGGUGCUUGAAGUUGAAAAGCACAACUGAAGGAAUCAAAAUCGACUUGUCAGAUCUCGGAUUCAAAUACAUGAUCAUCAAUGGCUUUGCAUCCCACCCUAAAAUGUGGACUAGUGAUAUCCAUGGGUUUGCACAGCAGUUUCGUGAUAUCUUAGAGGGAAAAAGGCGGCUGAUGUCACUCCUGGAGCAAUUCAAAGAAAUGCAUGUUGUCUGGAAGUGGAAAGAUCGAGCGAAGGUGCUCCCACCAACCGUUCAAAGGGUUGGUAGCUUGUUGAAAGGUGAUCAAAUGUUUCCUCAAUUUGAAAACGCAAAGAUUGAAGAAUGGAAGGAAUGUCAUGAUACGUUGUUAGAGCUCACCAAAUUGGAGGAUGGAAUGAUGGACCUCAACGUAAUCUUUGGUCCGGUUUUACAAAUUCGCGUGGCCACAUUUGCCUACAUGGUAAACUCUCAUCUUGAAAAGCAAUCGAGAGUUUUGAAGGAGAUCCUCAAAGAUGGAUCAGUAAUGGACGGCGUUCGUAUACCGAUUGUCAUGAGUAUUGCCAACAUACUUGAUCUUUCAUCAGAUACUGUGUUUUGGCAGAAACUGAAUGAAAAAGAGAUUUUGGAUAAGACUUGCGAAUUGAUAGAUAAUUUGAAUGGCUUCAUACUUAUACCUGGUGGUCAAAAGUUUCAUGUGUUUGAUCAUACGUGGAAUAGUGAAUAUUCAAUGUAUCGUCUUAUCAAGAAGAAAGAUAGACUUUCAGAACUCUUCCAAGCUCGUAUCAAAACCCUUGCAAGCCUUGCUGAUAAACAUGAUUUAAAAAUCCCAUCCAGAUGGGUGAAAAAGCUUCCUGAAUCAGCAGCAGAAGCGAGUUUAGGAGAGGCACUGAUUUGUCUUCACGCCGAUUUACACUUUGACGCGCUUAAAGAGCUGAAAGAUAUCUUGAAAUCACAGCCAAGGACAAGCGCUCGUAUCAUUGGUAAUUGGGAUGAACUCCUCAUCCCCCAACACCUUAGGGCGAAGACUCUGGAGUUCCAAAGAUUUUUUGCGCUACGGGAUCAGAAAGUCAAAGGCUUAGGUACCUCAUAA